AUGCCACCUGCAAAGGUAUUUGGUGCGUUAUUCGGUAUUCCACUGGUUAGUGGGAUUGGCUGGACAAUGUACAGCAGCAGGAAUGUGCGGAGUGUUAUGCAUGCAGAUCCUCUCCUAGUCUCAUCCUACUGUCGUCAGGCGGCCGCUAAAACGAGAGAGGAAGGUAUUCCAUCGCUUAUGUGUGCCUUUGAGGUUCCUGUUAUUCUUCCAACCGCAAAUGUACGUGAGGCACUUUCUUCUUAUAGUAUAGAUGGUUCACUCUACGCCUUACAUGCGUUAUUGUCAAGUUUUUUUAUGCGAGUAGAAGUUAUCACAACUGCUUUUAGUUCCCGUUGGCGUCCUUCAGAUGCGUAUAGAUGUUGGAAGUCCACCAGUCGACGUGCUCUCGCUGAGGAACGUCAGUCUGUACUGUUGGGUCAUCAUGAUAAGACUGAACGGGUCUAUGGAGAGUGGGAAUUGUCCUUCCAGCAACAACAACAACAAAAAGAAGAAAAGGAAGAAAAAGAACACAAUUCAGAGGCGGAAGCUAUUCUCAAGUAUGAGGAUGAGGCGAUCAGUGUAUCGCUUGUGCCCACUACGGAAGGAAGCCGUCAGGCGAUGUUGCGAUUGUGUUAUAUUGUUCAACCAUUUGAUUGCUUUGAGAGAGACUCAACGACGGAGAAGGUGGUGUUGUGGUGUUUGGAGAAGUAUGGGAUGCUGCUCACUGCCCAGGCCGCACGUGCACUUGAGUUUCUUGAGAAGUAA